GCUGCUGGGGAAGGGGGUGUCGUGGGGGGGGGGAACCGCGCUGGUGCCCGAAGCGCACACCCCCUCGCUCCACCUCGGUUCGCCACCUCCGGCGGGGGGUAACCAACACUCCUGCUCGGUUGCCGUACCCACCGUCAGUAGGGCCACCACCACCACCACCGGCCACGACCGUCGUCCUCUCCAUCCUCGCAGCCCCCAUUGGCCAACAUCGGACUUGCUGCCGGCGGCCACCGCGGCGGAGGCGGCGGGAGGCUCGCGGCCCCCUCCCCCGCCCCAGCCUUCCCACCAUGUCCUAGAAAAGAGAUGGAGACCAAAGGCUACCAUAGUCUCCCUGAAGGUCCAGAUAUGGAAAGACGGUGGGGUCAAGUUUCUCAGACUGGAGAACCUUCUUCUCUGGGGCCUACAGAGAGGACUGAUGAGAAUAAGUACAUGGAGAUUGUCGACGUAAACUGUGUUUCCGGUGCUAUUCCGAACAACAGUACUCAAGGAAACAGUAAAGAAAAACACGAACUAUUCCCCUGCCUGCAGCAAGACAGCAGUCGGUCUGGAAUUGUAACAUCUGAUGUUAAAACGGAGCUGGAAUCUAAAGAACUCUCGACCACUGUGGCCGAAUCCAUGGGUUUAUACAUGGAUUCUAUCAGAGAUGCUGAGUACACUUAUGAUCAACAGAACCAACAAGGAAGCAUGAGCCCAGCCAAGAUUUACCAAAACAUGGAGCAGCUGGUGAAAUUCUAUAAAGAGAAUGGCCAUCGGCCUUCAUCUCUGAGUGGUGUGAGCAGGCCUUUGAGGCCCUUCAUGCCUGACUCCGGAUGCUCCGUGAAUGGUGGGGUCAUGCGUGCCGUUGUGAAGAGCCCCAUCGUAUGUCAUGAGAAGAGUCCCUCGGUCUGCAGCCCUCUUAACAUGGCAUCUUCGGUGUGCAGCCCUGCUGGCAUCAACUCCGUCUCCUCCACUACAGCCAGCUUUGGCAAUUUCCCAGUGCACAGCCCCAUCACUCAAGGGACCCCUCUGACAUGCUCCCCUAACAUAGAAACCCGAGGCUCCCGGUCGCACAGCCCCGCACAUGCUAGCAAUAUGGGCUCCCCUCUUUCGAGCCCCUUAAGCAGCAUGAAGUCCCCAAUUUCCAGCCCGCCAAGUCAUUGCAGCGUCAAAUCUCCAGUCUCCAGUCCCAACAACGUCAUGCUGCGCUCCUCUGUGUCCAGCCCGGCAAAUGUCAACAACUCAAGGUGCUCUGUGUCCAGCCCUUCCAACACUAACAACAGAUCCACGCUUUCCAGCCCCACAGCCAGCACCGUGGGGUCCAUCUGCAGCCCCAUGGGCAAUGCUUUCAACUAUGCUCCUUCUGGCUCCUCUGCUGGAGCCAGUGCCAGCCGCGAUGUGGUAUCCAGUCCAGACACCCACGAGAACGGUGCUCCCGCAGUCCCUUUCCCCAAGACUGAGGAAGUCGAGAAUGCCAUCUCAAACGGUGUGACUGGCCACCUCAACAUUGUCCAGUACAUAAAACCAGAACCAGAUGGAGUUUUCAGCAGCUCGUGUCUAGGGGGAAAUAGCAAAAUGAAUCCCAGUUCUCCAUUCUCAGUACCAAUAAAGCAAGAGUCAACCAAGCACUCGUGUUCAGGUGCCUCUUUUAAAGGGAACCCACCAGUAAACCCGUUUCCAUUCAUGGAUGGCUCGUAUUUUUCCUUUAUGGAUGACAAAGACUAUUAUUCCCUGUCAGGAAUCUUAGGACCACCUGUACCGGGCUUUGAUGGUAACUGUGAAGGCGCUGGAUUCCCACUGGGGAUUAAGCAAGAACCAGAUGAUGGGAGCUAUUAUCCCGAGGCCAGUAUCCCUUCAUCAGCCAUUGUUGGUGUGAAUUCGAGUGGUCAGUCCUUUCACUACAGGAUUGGUGCUCAAGGUACAAUAUCUUUAUCACGAUCACCAAGAGACCAGUCUUUCCAACACCUGAGUUCCUUUCCUCCUGUCAAUACGCUAAUGGAGUCUUGGAAAUCACACAGUGACCUGUCCUCUAGAAGAAGCGAUGGGUAUCCGGUCCUAGAAUACAUUCCAGAAAACGUAUCAAGCUCUACUUUACGAAGUGUUACGACCGGAUCCUCGAGACCUUCCAAAAUCUGCUUGGUGUGUGGGGACGAGGCUUCGGGAUGUCACUACGGGGUGGUGACCUGUGGCAGCUGCAAAGUCUUCUUCAAACGAGCAGUGGAAGGUAAAUGUUCAUGGCAACACAACUAUUUAUGUGCUGGAAGAAACGAUUGCAUUAUUGACAAGAUCCGACGAAAGAACUGUCCUGCCUGCAGACUUCAGAAAUGUCUUCAAGCUGGUAUGAACUUAGGAGCCCGAAAGUCAAAAAAGUUGGGGAAGUUAAAAGGCGUCCACGAGGAGCAGCCGCAGCAGCCCCCGCCCCCGCCCCCGCAGAGCCCGGAGGAGGGCAGCACGUACGUGGCGCCCGCCAAGGAGCCUCCGGUGAACUUGAACUCGGCGCUGGUCCCGCAGCUCACGUCCAUCGGCCGCGCGCUCACGCCGUCGCCGGCCACGAUCCUGGAGAACAUCGAGCCCGAGGUCGUGUACGCGGGCUACGACGGCUCCAAGCCCGACACGGCCGAGAACCUGCUGUCCACGCUCAACCGACUGGCGGGCAAGCAGAUGAUUCAGGUCGUGAAGUGGGCCAAGGUACUCCCAGGAUUUAAAAACUUGCCUCUUGAGGACCAAAUUACCCUAAUCCAGUAUUCUUGGAUGUGUCUAUCAUCAUUUGCCUUGAGCUGGAGAUCGUACAAACAUACGAACAGCCAAUUUCUCUAUUUCGCGCCAGACCUAGUCUUUAAUGAAGAGAAGAUGCAUCAGUCCGCCAUGUACGAACUGUGCCAGGGAAUGCACCAGAUCAGCCUUCAGUUCGUGCGGCUGCAGCUCACGUUCGAAGAGUACACCAUCAUGAAGGUUUUGCUGCUACUCAGCACAGUUCCAAAAGACGGCCUCAAAUGCCAGGCUGCAUUCGAAGAGAUGAGGACAAAUUACAUCAAAGAACUGAGGAAGAUGGUAACCAAGUGUCCCAACAAUUCUGGACAGAGCUGGCAGAGGUUCUAUCAACUGACCAAGCUUCUAGACUCCAUGCAUGAUCUGGUGAGCGAUCUUCUGGAAUUCUGCUUCUACACCUUCCGCGAGUCCCAGGCGCUGAAAGUGGAGUUCCCCGCCAUGCUGGUGGAGAUCAUCAGCGACCAGCUGCCCAAGGUGGAGUCCGGCAACGCCAAGCCCCUCUACUUCCACAGGAAGUGAUGCACCAAGUCUGACCGCAGAACUUUGCCUUAAGUUUUCCCCUUGUUGCUCCACAUCUGCAAAGGACCCAAGAAAUCAGCUCUUUCCCCCCUCCUUUUUGUGUUUUUUCUUUUUUCUUAAACAUGCCAUGGUUGAUUCACACUCAUUUGGCGGUUUCUCAAGUUGAAAAUCACGUCAAGGGUCUGGAGCUGGGACAAGCCACCCGACCGGAAGAAACUCUUCCCUCCGCCACUGCCUGGCGCUUAGAAACACGUUCCCGUUCCUCUGGAUGAAAAGCCAUAUCUCUAGUCAAUAACUCUCUGAUUUUGAUAUUUUAACAGAUGGAAGUUUUAACUAUGCCGUGUACUUUCUGGUUCCUCUUUCGCUUGUUUUAAAAGGGUUCAAGGACUAACGAACUUUUUAAAAGCUUACCCUUGGUUUGCACAUAAAACGUAUAGUCAAUAUGGGGCAUUAAUAUCCUUUUGUUAUUUAAACACACAAAAAAAGAAAAAAAUAUAUACAGAUUCCUGUCGUGUAAUAACAGAACAUGUGGCGUGGAACGGCGGCCCCGCGUGGGCACGGUUUUCCACAUACACACUCUUGUUAGUGUCCACUUAUUAUUUAAUUAGAAUGGAUAAGAUGUUAGAUGCCUUGGUUUCAAUUUCUAGUAUCUAUUGUGUUGGCUUUACCAAUAAUUUUUUUUGCAGUCUUUCGCUGUGCUGUACAUUACUGUAUGUAUAAAUUGUGAAGGACCUGAAAUAAGAUGUAUGGAACUUUUUGUAAAUGACACACACACAAAAAAAAAAAUCUUUAAUGGUUAAUAGGAUGAAUGGGAAAGUAUUUUUGAAAGAAUUCUAUUUUGCUGGAGACUAUUUAAGUACUAUCUUUGUCUAAACAAGGUAAAAUUGUUUUUGUAAAGUGAAACGUCCUGCAUGCAUAAUGAAUCGUUUACAGUGUAUUUAAAGAAGGGAAAAGCUGUGCCUUUUUUUAAGCUUCAUAUCUAAUUUACCAUUUUACAAGUCUCUGUUGUAAAUAACCACACCCAAACCUCUUCGGUUGUCUUUAGGCCUUUCUACUUUUUCUGUACUUUUGGUUUUAUUCCCGGUCUCCCGCGUGGGGUUGUCUGUGCGACUCAAGCAUGCCAGUCAUAGACCUCUGCUCCGUCCUACCUUCCAGCAGGGAGCCACUCCCGGCAGGUGCCACUGGAUGGGCAGAGGUCCUGGGCGUGGAGUGCGGAGGCUCCCGCAGGAGGGGGGAGACUGGAGACUCGCUCAGCUCAGAGAGCGCAAUUCUCCUCCCGUUUCAGAAAAUCCAAUUCCCUCCUUUGGAGGAAAACGAUUCCAUGCGCUCUGUCCGCUGUCAGAGACCAGGCAGUUGCCUCCGGUCCAGAACAGGGCCCUGCACUCCCCGAAACUACUACUCGUGGGAGCACAGCGAUCGUGGCAGGAGGUAUUGGCAUGAGAUCCAUUUCGGCAAGGGUUAAGCAGAACGGCGUGGAGACUCGGAGAUUGCUAGAGGGUUUUUAGAUUUUUUUAAAAGGUAGGUUUUCAAAAAGAAAAAAAAAAAUUUUGUACACAAACAGUUUUGGAGAAAAACAAAAACACUACAGAUCAUAUAAGCAAGACAGUGGCACUAAAAUUUUUAAAUCAUUAAUCUGUCCAGCAGUGAUGCAACUUAUGACUUUCUUCUUGCCCCCAAACACAAGGAUAUGUAUCUUGGGGGGGGGGGGAAUUAACGAUAAGAUUGCACUAAGACAUCUACUUCAAAUAGAGGCCAAAUGAAUCUUUUCAGAGCGGUGACGAUUGUCAUCGAUGCUCUGAAAUCACACCUAAAAGCUAUAGCUCAAAGCUGAAAUGAGGACAUGCAGAGAACGGAUGAAUGCCUGUCUCCAGAGGGUUCCCCACGCAGGCACCAUUGCCUUGUCUUUCGAAAGACACCCCCUGGGCACGCUGUACUCCGAGGGAGGGGUUUUGUUCUGACCUAAGUUGCAAUUUCAGGAGUUUCAUUUCUAGGCAGAUCUUUACACACAGUCAACUUACACACGCACAGCAAUAUGGAAGCCGUACUCUGAAGGCGGUCAAAGACACCGCAUGCAGACUAGGGGACUCUGGAAAAGAAAUGGCUUAACAAAAGCAGCUCCAAGUCAUUGCUUUGCGAAAUGGGAAUUUCCUCUUAAUCGGGCUUGAGAUGGAGACAGUCUGCAUCAGCUUUUUGUAUUAACAAAGUUACUGGCUCCUUGGGUGUUUCCAGGAACUUUGCUCGAUUUUUUAAACAGCAAAGCCAUAUUCUGAAUUCACUGUUGAAUGCCUGUCCCAGUCCAAAUUGUCUGUCUGCUCUUAUUUUUGUACCAUAUUGCUCUUUAAAAAAAAAAAAAAUCUUGGUUUGGUACAAUUCAUAAUUCACCAAAACUUCUUCAUAUAAUUAAAAGAACACUAAAUUAGUUUAAAAUGAAGCAAUUUAUAUCUUUAUGCAAAAACAUGUCUGUCUUUGCAAAGGACUGUAAGCAGAUUACAAUAAAUCCUUUACUUUAAUCA